AUGGGCUGUGGAGCAAGCAAAGACAACAGCAUCGACAAACAAAUCGUAGAGAUGGCAAAGAGUAAACCAAUCACUAUUAUGCUGCUUGGGAGUGGAGAAAGUGGUAAGUCUACCAUUGCAAAGCAACUCAAAAUCCUGUUCGGCGGAGGGUUCACUCAAAACGAAUGUUCCUCGUACAAAACAUCUAUCUGCACAAAUGUGGUCACCUGUAUGCGUACCUUAAUCGAACAGGCUGGUAUCCUUAACCAUCCACUCACAUAUAAACCAACAUCUAAAGAGUUCACAACAGAAGACCCCGUCGCUCUUCCUUUCUCUCCAGAACUCGUUGGAGACGUGGAAGCUCUUUGGGCUGAUGCCGGUAUCCAAGCCACUUUCGAAGAAUCCUCCAAGUUCCAAAUCCCGGACUGCGCAAAAUAUUUGUUUGAGAAUGUCAAAAGGAUUGCGACGGACGACUACAUACCAACAGAAGAAGAUUUGAUCCACAAUCGUACGAAGACGACUGGUAUUCACGAGUACGAUUUUACUGUGAAGGAUAUUCCGUUUCACUUGAUUGAUGUUGGAGGACAGCGUUCCGAACGUAAGAAAUGGGUCUCCUUUUUCAGUGAUGUCGACUGUGCGAUUUUUGUGACAUCACUUGCGGAGUACGACAUGAAACUGUAUGAAGAUGGGAACACAUCUCGACUCACUGAGUCUGUUGCCGUCUUUAAGGAUAUCAUGACGAACGAGUUCUUGAAGAAUGCAGUCAAAUUGAUCUUCUUGAAUAAGAUGGAUUUGUUUGAGGAAAAACUGACGAAAACGGCGUUAAAUGUGAUCUUCCCUGAUUAUACUGGUGGCGAUAACUCCGUGAUGGGUGCUCAGUAUAUUCAACAACUGUUCACUGGGAAGUUACAAGCUGAAGAGAUGGUUGUUUCUGGUGCAGAGACCGGGAAUAUCGAAGGUGCCGUCUCUGAAAAGGUCUACACAAACUUGACCAACGCGACUGAUGGGUCAAACAUCAAACGAGUCUUUAUGCUUGCAGUUGAUGUCAUCAUGAAGAAUAUGGCGGCGAACGGGAAGAUGCGCCCACAAAAGUAA